AUGACAGACCACCACCGCUACGCCUCGUAUCCCAGCCUCAAGGGCCGCGUCGUCGUCCUCACCGGCGGCAGCAUGGGCAUCGGUGCCUCCAUGGUCGAGCACUUUUCCGUGCAGGGCGCGCAAGUCAUCUUUCUUGACAUUGACGACGACGCCGCCGCGGCCACCGCGGCCCGCGUGUCGGCCCUCGGCGGCGGCAUCGUCGCCCACGCCCCCGUCUACCACCACUGCGACGUGUCCGACAUAUCUGCCUCGCUACAACCCGUCGCUGCGCGGAUCCUCGCCGACUAUCCGCGCAUCGACUGUCUAAUCAACAGCGCCGCCGCCGCCAUGAAGAAGCCGACGGAAGAGAUUACGCCCGAGUGGUGGGCCAAGGCCGUCGACGUCAACCUCAGUCACCAAUUUUUCCUCACACAGGCCCUGCUGCCGGGUCUGCUGCAGGCAGCAGGCACGGCGGCGGUUGUCAACAUGGGGAGCAUCACGUGGGCGUUGCCGGCGACGGGCGUCCUGCCGUACACGACGAUGAAGGCGGCGGUGGUUGGGCUCACGCGUACGCUGGCGCACGAGCUCGGUCCGAGGGGCAUCCGCGUGAAUAGCAUCAUGCCCGGGUCGGUGGCGACGGAGCGCGAGCUGCGCGACGUCAUGACGCCAGAGUAUGAGAAGCAGGUCCUGGGCAGUCAGGCGAUUAAGAGGCUGAUUGUGCCGGCGGAGAUUGCGCGGACGGCCAUGUGGCUGUGCGCGGACGACAGCUCGGGGAUGACGAACCAGAGCAUUCGUGUCGAUGGAGGCUGGACCUAG